AUGAGUCGUAAUGGUUCAAACAACUUUGUGAACGAUUUCAAUUCUCCAAACUCCAACUUUUUAAACACCAAUAGUUCGUCAACGACGCCGUUUACCAACGACAGCAACGGCAAUCUAAACACAGGCCACGAGGAUUUUGGUAAUUUCAACGACUUCAGCACGAGUGGCAAUACCAAUGGGUACAACGAGGACUGGGACCAGAUAAGCCAAAAUGUUGUAGGAAAUGCCCGCGGGCCGGAAACUAACAUCCAAUAUACGAAUUCACUGAGCAAUUUCGGCUUUGUAGAUACCAACAAUACCGACAUUCAGCCAACACAGUCCCCUGCUGGUAAUUUUUUGAACCCCGUGGACCUCGAGGAGUUUGACAAGCAGUUCAUCGACAGUUUGAUGGAUGAAAGCGUGUCAAACAACAACAACAUGGGCAGCACCAAUGAUAUGAACCGUGAUGCUACCUCUAGAAACCCUGUUGAUAUCAAUAUCAACGGUUUGCCGAUCGUCCCCAACAACUUCUCGAUGAACACUGUGAAUAACAGCUCCAACAAUAACGAGUCUCUUUCCAACUCAGUGUACCAAAGUCCUCAGCCAAUAUCAACCUCGCUUGCCAGAGACUCUUCCUCCUUGCGGACUGAUGCGUUUUCUCCUCAGUCUUUGGGGUUUUCCACCAAUUUCACCAGCCACAAGCUCGGAAAGACUAUUUCGAACACGUUAGCGAAGAGCUAUGGUUCCCAGCUUGGCACCUCACUCAAUAAUCUGAUAUCACCAUCCUCCACCUACGAGGGUUUCCUUGACUCCCCUUAUGGCUCAUACAAUGAUGAUAGUUUGAAGUCUCCUAUAAACUCACCAUCUUUUAAAGGCAUCGGCUCCCCGUCCUCGGUUGCUACGCAUCUGAACCCUAAAAGUGCGUUGAGUAAAGAAAAUAAACUGUCAAGAAGAAGAGAACUACACAAUGCAGUUGAAAGAAGAAGACGUGAUUUAAUUAAGGAAAAGAUAAAAGAGCUAGGAGCCUUGAUACCUCCAUCCAUGCUGUAUGACAUAUCGAAGUCUAAAAACACAAAUAAAGACACCAAAGCAAAUAAGAACAUCAUCUUAAAUAAGAGUGUGGACUAUAUACUUUAUUUGAAGGAAAUUCUAGAAGCUCAGGAUAAGAGACUCGCAGAAUUGGAUGAACAAGUAGAACAACUCAAUUUAAAUGAUAAACUCGCCGAAGAAAGUGAAGCCUUUAACAAUAAAAAUAAUACGACCGAAAACUACACAUAUGAUAAUAGUAUUUCUCCAAACAACGCUGAUAUGAACGAAUCCCACAGGGGGGGAAAUGGUCCAAAUACGGAUCUGGAUAGUUUCCAAAAAAAUUUAAAGGCGUUUACAGAGAACGUCGACAUCAAGCCUAGUGAAUCGAAGUUGAAGUUCAUGGACUUUUCUAAUGCUCAUUCUGAGCCUGUGGAUUUCAAGCAACUUUCAGAGUCCUAUAAAAAGUAUCCGAGAGCUGAUAACAUGGAUCCACUUCUCAAUUUGGAACAAGUCGAUUUGAAUCAAAAUAAUAAUGCAAAUGAUAACUUUGAUGGACGGCUUUCGUUCAGUACCAAGCACAAUGAAUUCGAUAACUUAAACAGCAUACCGUCACCGGUAUCAAACUUUAACAAUAAUAAUACAAACAAGUCGGAAGAAAUUGCUUCUCCAGAGGAUUUGGAUCGGCUGCUGAAUGAGCCAGGACUGAAGUUCAAAAGCGAUGCCGAAUUUCUUGACCAACUGCUUUCUAAGGAGUCUGUUGGUGGGUUUGGCAACUAA